ACGCAAGUAAAUCCCUCAGGCAUAUGGUCUGUGUUUCUCUCUUCUGCCUCUGAAGUUCCGGAUCAUCUUCUUCUUCAAUCAAAGACCACAGACAGUUCAACAAACACAUAUCGCGAUCACGCAGAGGGAAAAGGAGAGCCAGAGUCAUGGACGGAGAGAGAAGAGUUGGUGUGGCGGUGGAUUUCUCGCCAUGUAGCAAGAAAGCACUGAAAUGGGCAGUGGACAACCUCGUCCGGGACGGGGAUCACCUUAUCCUCGUAACCAUACGUCCCGAGGGGUACUACGAGGAGGGAGAGAUGCAGCUCUGGGAGGUCACCGGUUCCCCUUUGAUCCCACUUAGUGAGUUAUCGGAUCUAUCAAUGAUGAAGAAAUAUGGGGUGAAGCCGGAUGCUGAGACACUGGAUAUACUUAAUACUGCUGCAUCGCAGAAAGAUAUUGUGGUAGUCAUGAAGAUAUACUGGGGAGAUGCCCGUGAAAAGAUAUGCGAGGCAAUUGACAAAAUCCCUCUUAGCUGCAUUGUUAUUGGAAACAGAGGGCUCGGGAAGAUCAAGAGGGCCAUAAUGGGAAGUGUAAGCAACUAUGUGGUAAAUACUGCUUCCUGUCCCGUUACGGUGGUGAAGAAUGUGGACCAUGAGUAAGUGCAACAAUGUUCUCAACGAGCCGGCUUUGUUCACCACACUCCUAAUUUGCUUGUGAUCUAGAACUGAAAUUGUGGCAAAUAAAUGUGUUUUCUUUUGGGUUGUGUUGAAACUGGAUGCGUUGUAUUUUAAUGGUAACCGGUCUAUGUUAAUAUGCAGUUACUAUGUGAGGUGGACUGCUAUGAAAGGAUGGUUCUGUUCUGUAUCUGUAUGGAUUCUGUAAUAAUGAAAUAAAUUAGGUCUUGAAAUGUUUGUUUAGAA